CCCGCUCCACUCCCACUCCAAUCUCCCCCACCCUCUCCCUCCUUCCUUCUCCGUCUCCGCGUUCAUGCCGGUGAAUCGGCUGAGACCCAUCUGGGCGUAGCACCGAUCCCAUGUCUCUCCCGUCCGUGGAGUGCGCGUACGUCACCGACGACCUCGUCCGCGAAUGGAAGUCCGCCGCCGGGAGCUCCGUCCCCAGGCCUCCCGACCCCGCCCCCGCGCUCCGCUUCCUCUACGAGCUCUGCUGGGCCAUGGUGCGGGGAGAGUUGCCGUUUCAGAAGUGUAAGCCGGUGUUGGACUCGGUGGAGUUCUUGGAUAGACCGUCCAAGGAGGAGCUGGGCUCGGGUUUCGCCGACAUCAUCAGUCAAAUGGCUCUUGACCUUACUCUGCCUGGGGAGUUUCGUGCUCGUUUGACAAAAUUGGCUAAAUGGCUUGUAGACUGUUCACUGGUUCCGCUUAGACUUUUCCAGGAACGCUGUGAGGAAGAAUUUCUUUGGGAGGCUGAACUGAUCAAGAUAAAAGCUCAAGAGUUAAAAAACAAAGAGGUCAGAGUUAACACACGUCUACUUUAUCAGCAAACAAAGUUUAACCUUCUCCGUGAAGAGAGUGAGGGCUAUGCCAAACUGGUGACCCAACUUUGUCAAGUUUCUGAUGCUUCCAGCGAUAGUGCAAAAGCAGCUACAAUAGGCGUUAUUAAGUCAUUAAUUGGGCACUUUGAUUUGGACCCAAAUCGUGUUUUUGACAUCGUUUUGGAGUGCUUUGAACUUCAGUCUGAUGCAACUAUAUUUUUGGACCUCAUUCCUAUUUUUCCGAAGUCACAUGCUUCACAGAUCCUGGGGUUUAAGUUCCAGUAUUACCAGAGAACGGAUGUAAAAAGUCCUGUACCAUUUGGGCUCUACAAGCUUACAGCUUUGUUGGUGAGGGAAGCUUUCAUUGAUCUCGACAGUGUAUGUGCACAUUUACUUCCUAAGGACGAGGAGGCAUUUGAGCAACACAAUGCGUUUUCUGUCAAGCGACUUGAUGAGGCUAAUAAAAUUGGUAGAAUAAACCUUGCUGCUACUGGGAAGGAUCUUAUGGAGGAUGAGAAACAAGUCGAUGUGACGGUAGAUCUUUUUACUUCUUUGGACAUGGAAUCUGAAGCAGUAGCUGAGCAUUCUGCAGAACUGGAAAACAACCAAACUUUGGGCUUGCUUUGUGGUUUCCUUUCUGUGGAUGACUGGUGCCAUGCCUACACUCUACUUGAUCGACUGUCACCCCUUAAUCCCGUGGCACAUCUCCCAAUCUGCAACGGCUUAUUUAGGCUCAUUGAGAUGACGAUGACUCCAUCAUAUAAUAUUGUUCGGCAAGCACAUACUCUAGUGUCUUCCUCUGCUGCUGCUGUGGAUGCCAUGGGUGCUACAGAGUUGGCUCAUAAUUCUUUUAUUGAUCUUCCUAAAGAACUUUUUCAGAUGCUUGCUUGUGCUGGACCUUAUCUCUAUCGUGAUACUAUAUUACUGCAGAAGGUAUGCAGAGUUUUAAGAGGUUAUUACCUUUCUGCACUUGGACUUGUGGAGAAUGGUGAUAAAGUAUCAAAUCCCGAGUUUCUUGCCGGUCAAAAUAAAGUUCCUCGCAUGCACCUUAAAGAAGCCAGGCUAAGGGUAGAGGAAGCUUUAGGAACAUGCCUGCUCCCCUCUUUGCAGUUAGUGCCUGCAAAUCCAGCUGUGGGACAAGAGAUCUGGGAAGUUAUGUGUCUCCUUCCAUAUGAGGUGAGAUAUCGUUUAUAUGGUGAAUGGGAAAAAGAUGAUGAAAGAACGCCCAUGAUUUUGGCAGCACGGCAGACUGCAAAGUUGGAUACUAGAAGAAUCUUGAAACGACUUGCAAAAGAAAACUUGAAGCAGCUUGGUCGAAUGGUUGCCAAACUAGCUCAUGCCAACCCAAUGACAGUGCUCCGUACAAUUGUUCACCAGAUUGAGGCAUACAGGGAUAUGAUCACUCCUGUUGUUGACGCAUUCAAAUACCUGACACAGCUUGAGUACGACAUUUUGGAAUAUGUGGUAAUUGAGCGCCUGGCACAAGGAGGGCGAGAAAAGUUGAAAGAUGAUGGACUUAAUCUGUCAGACUGGCUCCAGUCACUGGCUUCAUUCUGGGGUCACCUGUGUAAGAAAUAUCCAUCAAUGGAAUUGAGGGGUCUUUUUCAGUACCUUGUCAACGAGCUGAAAAGGGGUCAAGGAAUUGAACUUGUUCUUCUGCAGGAGCUUAUUCAACAAAUGGCAAAUGUCCAGUACACUGAGAAUCUAACAGAAGAACAACUGGAUGCCAUGGCAGGGGGUGAAACUCUCCGGUAUCAAGCUACUUCUUUUGGUGUGACUCGCAACAAUAAGGCAUUGGUCAAAUCAACUAACCGGCUAAGGGAUUCAUUACUUCCGAAGGAUGAACCAAAGUUGGCCAUACCGCUUUUGUUGCUCAUUGCUCAACAUCGUUCUGUGGUUGUCAUAAGUGCUGAAGCACCAUACAUUAAGAUGGUCAGUGAGCAAUUUGAUAGAUGCCAUGGAACCCUUCUUCAGUAUGUGGAAUUUCUCUGUAGUGCUGUGACACCACCUACAGCAUAUGCGCAGCUGAUUCCCUCACUUGAUGAUCUUGUUCACUUGUAUCACCUAGAUCCUGAGGUAGCUUUCUUGAUAUACCGUCCAGUAAUGAGGCUUUUCAAGGCUCAUGGAAGUUCAGAAGUUUGCUGGCCUUUGGAUGACAAUGAGACUAUGAACUUAGAGGCUGAGUCUGAGGAUAAGUCUUGCAACUUAGCUCUCAAUCUUGGCCGACAAAUGAAGCCAAUCAUGUGGUCGGACCUUCUUGUGACUGUCAAGUCUAUGUUGCCUGCAAAAGCUUGGAAUAGCCUCUCCCCUGAUCUUUAUGCUACAUUUUGGGGGCUCACAUUAUAUGAUCUCUAUGUUCCUAGGAGUCGUUAUGAUUCUGAAAUUGCAAAGCAACAUGCGGCACUUAAGGCUUUGGAGGAACUUUCUGAUAAUUCAAGUUCUGCAAUUACCAAAAGGAAGAAAGAGAAAGAGAAAAUUCAGGAAUCUCUUGAUCGUCUGACCAGCGAACUCCACAAGCAUGAAGAACAUGUUGCUUCUGUUCGGAGACGACUUUCACGUGAAAAAGAUAAAUGGUUAAGCUCCUGCCCUGAUACUCUGAAGAUAAAUAUGGAGUUCCUUCAACGUUGUAUAUUUCCACGGUGCACUUUUAGCAUGUCCGAUGCUGUCUACUGUGCUAUGUUUGUACAUACUCUUCAUUCCCUGGGGACCCCCUUCUUCAACACAGUUAACCACAUUGAUGUUUUGAUAUGUAAAACAUUGCAACCCAUGAUAUGCUGCUGUACUGAAUAUGAAGUGGGAAGACUUGGGAGGUUCUUGUAUGAGACUUUAAAGACAGCCUACUAUUGGAAGAGUGACGAAUCCAUAUAUGAACGUGAAUGUGGUAACAUGCCAGGCUUCGCUGUCUAUUAUCGUUACCCAAACAGCCAGCGUGUUACAUAUGGGCAGUUCAUAAAGGUGCACUGGAAAUGGAGUCAAAGAAUUACGAGGUUAUUGAUCCAAUGCCUGGAAUCAACAGAGUACAUGGAGAUACGGAAUGCCCUCAUCAUGCUGACAAAAAUUUCUGGUGUUUUCCCAGUUACUCGAAAGAGUGGGAUUAACCUUGAAAAACGGGUUGCUAAGAUUAAAAGUGACGAAAGAGAAGAUCUCAAGGUAUUGGCAACAGGUGUGGCUGCUGCAAUGGCUGCUAGGAAGCCUUCAUGGGUUACCGAUGAAGAAUUUGGCAUGGGCUAUUUGGAAGUAAAACCACCAUCACUUGCUUCGAAGUCUGUUUCAACCAAUUUAACAGCGUCAAACGGUCCAGCUCUAGCUCAGAAUGAACAUGUUGGGGGAAGAGGAGCACAAACCGAUGCUGGGAACUCAGUCAAAGAGCAAGCCUUAAGGACAAAAAAUGCAGAGAGAGGGCUAGAGAAAACAGAUACUUCAGGUGGAAAAACUGAUACUGGAAAUCUAAAAGUGAAAGGUGGGUCAGCUGCAAAUGGUUCAGAGGCUCAGAUAACUACUAUUCCAGCUGUUGCACAGUCUGGAUCAUCACAUCAAAGAUAUGUGGAAGAAUCUGCAGCAAAAUUUGAUGAAAGCAAUUCUAAAGCUGCUCCAAAGGACUCCACUGAUUCUGAGUUGAAAGCUCCAACCAAAAGAGCCAUACCUGCUGUAUCACAUGCUAAGCCGCCAAAACAAGAUGGUAAGGAUGAGAAAUCUGGAAAGACUGCUUCUUCUACAAACGAUAGGAAUGUUUCUGCUCAUACAUCUGAGGGUAGGCAAGUAGCUGCUACGAGUGUGUCUACAACUCUGACAACUAAUGGGAAUGCUAAAGGUUCUACUCCAUCUGCAAGAUCUUCAAUUGAUGUGCAUGGGGUUGAAGCGAAGACAGAGAGUGGAGCUGCCAAGUCAUCUGAUGGGAGGUCUUCUCAUGUUAAAGAUGAUGGAAAUGAUAAUUAUGAUGCACUAAAACCUCCUUCUCGACUUGUUCAUUCCCCAAGACAUGAGAGUUGUUUAGCUUCUUCGAAGUCUGGCGACAAGCUGCAGAAAAGGAGUAGUCCUCCAGAUGAAGCUGACAGGGUUAGCAAGCGUAGAAAGGGGGACAGUGACUCCAAAGAUUUGGAGGGAGAUGUUCGGUACCCAGAUAGAGAGAGGUCUGUAGAUGCUCGAUUUCUGGAUCUUGAGAGAACGGGGAGUGAUGAGCAAAGCAUCUAUAGGAACACAGAUAAGAUUUUGGACAGAACAAAAGAGAGAAUUGUUGAUAGAUAUGACCGAGAUUACAGGGAGCGUCCUCGUGGAGAUGAUGUAGUGGUCGAAAGGGCAAGGGAUCGGUCAAUGGAACGACAUGUUAGAGAGCGUUCAGUUGAUAGAGUGCAGGAGAGAAGUAAUGACAGGACUUUUGAUAGGCUCCCUGAAAAAGAGAGGGGAAAAGAUGAUAGAAGCAAGCUGAGGUACGGUGAAACUGCUUCGGAAAAAGUUCAUGCAGAUGACCGGUUUCAUGGGCAGAGCCUGCCACCGCCACCGCCCUUGCCACCCCACGUGGUACCUCAGUCACUUGGUUCCAGUAGAAGGGAUGAGGACAGCGAUAGAAGGUUUGGAGUUACCAGGCAUGCUCAAAGACUUUCUCCAAGACAUGAUGAGAGGGAGCGCAGGCGGUCUGAAGAGAACAUAGCUUCACAGGACGAUGCAAAACGAAAGAAAGAGGAUGAUUUUCGCGAUAGGAAACGAGAGGAACGAGAAGGGAUGUCAUUGAAGGUGGAUGAGAGGGACAGGGAUAGGGAUAAAGCGAACCUUCUGAAAGAGGAAAUGGAUGCAAAUGCUGCUUCAAAAAGGCGGAAACUGAAAAGGGAGCAUCUUCCAUCUGGGGAACCUGGGGAGUUUUCACCAGUGGGCCCUCCUCCUGCCCUAACUGUCGGCAUGUCACAAUCCUAUGAUAGUAGGGACAGGGGAGAAAGGAAAGCUCUCAUGACCCAACGCCCAGGUUACAUGGAGGAACCAGGACCAAGGGUGCAUGGUAAAGAGGCGGCAAGCAAGAUGGGCCGUCGUGAUGUUGACCCGAUGUAUGAACGAGAAUGGGACGAUGAAAAGAGGCAAAGAGCUGAACAGAAGCGAAGGCAUCGCAAGUAGAUGAGUAGAGAUUUUGAGACCUAUAAUUUCCAAGGCAUCGGCGAGAUGUCGCUUUUAGCUCAGGAAAUGGACCAGUUACCCCUAGAGACCAUCUGGUACUGUGCUGUCUUUGAUCCUCUUGGUAUCCUGAAGCCUUUAUUACAAGGAAUCGGCUCACGAGCUUCAUGCGAUUGGUUGAAGUUCCAAUUCAACAUUUUGUGUGCUGAGCUUCUCCUUAAUCCAGUGGAUGUUUGCACAAUGUCUUAUUUCGUUUCUUCAAACUACAGGACGAUAGUGCGCUGGAUUUUUUAUGUAAUGAUUUUCAUGUAAAGAGUAUUCUUGAAGCUGGAUAGAAAAGAGGAUGCUUUGUUUCGCCCCAUGUAAUGUACAUAACCGAGUACUCCAGUUACAUAUUGCGGCUGUAUCCCUAACAGUUUUGCCUAUUGGUUCAGCGAAUGGUAUGGCCUAGCGUGCUCAGGCACAAAAUUGUUUCAAA